GGGAAUAUCUGUAAUUAUUCUAAGGUUAUGUCCAUUAAAAUACCUCAUGAAAAUUACCUUAUUUUUACAUUUGUGUUUAAAACACCUGUGUCAUUUAAGUCUCAUUUGUGCUCACUAUUAUUUUUAGGUUGUUAAAGAGAAAUUAUGAAGUACAUUCAGAUGCAGGUUUGUUCAAUGAAUACUUAUCAUAAUGGGUCAAGUUAUGAAGUCCAUCUUUUAUACAUACGUGCAUCCUUAAAAUAAAUAAAACUGAGUCCAAUGGGUCUUACAAGAACUUAAUUUCAUCCCAGCUGAAAUGACACUUGUACCAGUAAUCAAGAUUAUAUACACCAGACCCAGUUGAACAAGACCAGGUCAAAACCUAGUAUCUGGCUGGACUGGCCGACCAAUGGUGUAACUUCAUAACUCAGUCGACCAAUGGUGUAACUUCAUCACUCAGUCAGACAUUUACAUUUGUAGGGCUGGCCCCACUGUUGUGGUCCAGCCAAAAAGACACCCUCCACAGGAUCAAUAGCCACAUUUGCACAGUGCAGCCAAAUCAAAUUUUACAUUGAGACUGCAAGAUUAUUAGAGGUACCAUUGUCACUCUUAAUUCUGUCCAUAAAAUGCCUCCUUGGUGUUAAUCUUAUAGUCCUAUUGAAAGAUUCCCUCUAAUGUAUUUUUGAUAACAAUCUACAUAAUCCUGUCCUUGAUUGUGCCACUUUGCCCUGGCUGGCCUGAUGAGGACCAAUGUCAUGACAAGGGCCAAAAGCACCGUCUUAAGAUGACUGAUCCAGUCACUCUGAAUGUGGGUGGCCACUUGUACACCACUUCAUUGUCCACCCUGCAGCGCUACCCAGAUUCUAUGCUGGGUGCCAUGUUCCGUGGUGAUUUCCCGUCAGCUCGUGAUGCCCAAGGCAACUAUUUCAUUGACCGUGAUGGCCCGUUGUUCCGUUACAUACUGAAUUUCCUACGAACUUCAGAGCUGACCCUACCGUAUGAUUUCAAAGAGACUGACCUCCUACGCAAGGAGGCAGACUUCUACCAGAUUGAGCCCCUCAUCCAGUGCUUGAAUGACACAAAGCCACUCUACCCAGUAGACGCCUUUGAGCAGGUUGUGGAGCUGUCCAGCACCAGAAAGCUCUCCAAGUACUCCAACCCUGUGGCCGUUAUCAUCACUCAGCUCACCAUCACCACCAAGGUGCACGCUUUACUUGAGGGCAUCUCCAAGAACUUCACCAAGUGGAACAAGCACAUGAUGUACACCGGGGACUUUCAGGUCUCCUUCACCUUUGGACCUUGUGACUACCACCAAGAAGUGCCUUUGAGGGUGCACCUGGUGGAGUUUAUCACUAAGCAAGGGUUCACCAUCAGGAAUACGCGAGUGCACCACAUGAGUGAGCGUGCCAAUGAGAACACAGUGGAGCAUCAUCGGACAUUUUGUAGACUUGCACGAAAGACAGAAGACUGAUGGACUACUAUCCCUCCUGUAAACAUUAUUUCUGUGACAUGACAAUUAAAGAGGCUAUGGCUGCAUGCCACCCUGUCAUUACAUUCGCCCAAUCAGUGCCCAACCUCACCAAUGCUCUUCUGGAUGAAUGGAAGCAAAUCCCAGCAGCAAUGCUCCAAAAUCUAGUAUAAAGCCAUCUCAGAAGAGUGGAGGUUGGUAUAGCAGCAAAGGGUGGACCAAUGCCAUAUUAUUACCCAUAGUUUUGCAUGAGAUUUUGGUGUCAUAAUUUGAUGUCAGGUGUCAUAAUUUUGGCCAUGUAGUGUAUCUCACAAUAGGCCCUACAUCCCAAUAGUGACAAAAUCUAACAAUUUCCCCAGCUCUAUUCCUUCAAACACAUUUUCGUGCAUUUAUUUGACCAUGGUUGAUCAAUAAAGUUGAAGUCCCAUCCAUCUGAAUGAAAAAUGUAUAAA